UUUUUUUAAAUUCUUCUCAUGUCUCGUUUUUCUUUAGAUUUUGAAUACACUUCAAGAGCAGAAAGUGUAACAAUAAAGAGAACUGAAAGAAACAGAUCCCUCUUCUCUCUCCACCGUUUCUCAAUGUAUGCACCACGUGCUUUGCACACGCUAUGCCGCGGUGCCGCCACGCCGGUUCUGUUAUGUAUUUACAAUCAUCGGUAUAAUCCUCAAUGGAUGCUGCAUAGUGUACUAAUUAUGGACAUUCAAUUAAUUAUCGGUGAAAAUCUUAGCUUUGAAAAUUUUGUAAAGUUAUCGCGGCUUUUAUAAAUAUUAUUCUUAUUAUACACGACGAGAACGUAAAUGAUAUAACUGAAUGAUGUAAAUAAUAGUGAACUUUUAUAAGAUAUUUAAAUUAUCUACAUUGAUUUGGAUGGUAUCCGAAGAAUUGUAUUAUAUACUAGUGUUUAUAGAAUUGUGUGAAUUAUCGUUAAAAGAAUUCUUUAAGGGAUAAAUUAACGAAAUGCGACUAUACAUUACUGAAAAGAACAAUUUUGAUGUGGCUAGAUGAUAAUCAAAGUAAUCCUGAUGUCAAUGAAGCUUCAAUUAUUAGACAAGAAAAAUAAUGUUUUCAAAAUUAUUGGUGCGACCUUUAAGUGCAGGAAGAUAUGAUAAAUUUUGGACAUUUUAUCAUCGUUUGUAUCACACUGAGAGCAUUAGUAGCACAAUAAACGAACCAGUACCUGGAGUGUCGAUAUCUCAAAUAAAACAGAGUCUGAAACAAAAGCAGAUUAGCACUGUCGAAGGACACGCAUGUAUAAUUGUAGAAUGUCCUAUAUGUGACUUUGAAAAAUUAAAAAAGGCCAAGAUUUAUAUUAAUAAGACAACAGGAUACUUUAUGUGUGAUAAAUGUAGUUCUAAAGGUGAAUGGAAUAUAUUAGAGAAGUUUUUGUUGUUAACAAAAAGAUCAAGCAAAACAAAUAAUAUACAGGAAUUGGAAACUUUAAGAAAUACUAUAAGAAUUCAGGAAGAUUAUGUUUCAAAAUGGAAUAAUAUAAUGAAAUCUAAUCAGCAAGUGGCAGAUUUAUCACCAGAUUUAUACAAGAAAGUUCUGCAUACAUUCUCUCUCCCAACAAUUUCACAACAAGACAUUUCACAAUUAAAUGGAGUAUAUGCAGCUGCAUCUACAUUAUUAUAUUUUCCAUUAAUUGCCUUUGGUAAUAAUAUUGUUGGUUACAAAACUCUUUUUAGCAAAAAUGAAUCAGAACAAACUAUACCUAUUAACAAUGUUGGUGGAUUUAUCAGUUACAAGCAAAAAGGCACUAGAGCUGAUGGAACUGCAGUGAUUGUGCCAACAAUACAUGAUUUAUUGGCAUUAGCAUCACAAAAGGCAGCGAAUGUUAUUAUCUGUUUACCAUAUAAUUUGCAGAGCUUACCACAGCAGUUGCUGCCAAGUCUGGAAAGUUUUAAGAAAUUAAUUUUAUGGUUUGGGAAUGAUGAACCUAGCUGGUAUACAGCCAGACAAUUUGCUAAAAAAUUAAACGAAAAGAGAUGCUAUUUUGUGAGACCAAUUGACACGCAACCUAGACCAAAGCUAGCCAUUGACAAAGGCUAUGAUCUUAAAAGUAUUUUGACGAAUGCGCAGCCGAUAUGGCACAAGAGUAUUACUACUUUUGAUGAUCUCAGGCAAGAUGUAUUAUGUGAUUUGCAAAAUAUAGAUAGAGUUCAGGGUGUAAAGUGGAAAAGAUAUCCUGCUCUAAAUCGAAUUCUGAAGGGACAUAGAAGAGGAGAGUUUACAAUUUUAACUGGACCUACUGGUUGUGGGAAAACUACAUUUAUGAGCGAGUAUUCAUUAGAUUUAGCAAUGCAAGGAGUUAAUACAUUAUGGGGAAGUUUUGAAAUCAGAAAUGCUCGGCUAGCUAAAACUAUGUUACAACAAAUGGCAGAGGUUUCUUUAGAAGACAAUUUAGACAAGUUUAACACAUAUGCAGAUGCUUUCAACAAGUUACCGAUUUAUUUUAUGACUUUUCAUGGUCAACAGAACAUCAGAAUUGUUAUGGAUGCAGUUGAACAUGCAACAUAUGUGCAUGAUAUAGCUCAUGUAAUAAUUGACAAUAUGCAGUUUAUGAUGGGCACAUCGGAUGAAUCAAAACACAUGGAUAGAUUUUGGAAACAGGAUAAAAUCAUAGCAGAAUUUAGAAAUUUUGCUACAAAGUAUAAUUGCCAUGUUACUCUGGUUAUACAUCCAAGAAAAGAACGAGAGGAAGAAUUGACGACUUUAUCUAUUUUUGGAAGUGCUAAAGCAAGCCAAGAAGCUGAUAAUGUAUUAAUUAUACAAGAUAAAAGACUUACUAAUUUACGAGGAAAGAAAUAUUUGCAGGUUGCAAAGAAUCGAUAUAGUGGAGAUUUAGGCAUAAUGGUUCUGGAAUUUGACAAAACCAGACUCAGUUAUGUACAAAAGAAGAAAGCAAAAUCAGAGGAAGCAAAAGAAGAAAAAGAAACUCUUUCUAAAGUUGAAAAAUGAUAAUAGUAAUAAUAGCUUGUUACCAAAACUAUGAACACAUUACAAAAUACAUUCGCCAAACAAUUUACAUUUUAAGUAAAAUGUAUUUUGUAAAAAUUUCUACAAUAUUUUCUAUAUAAAAUCUAAAAAAAUGAUUGUAUUUUAUACAUUACGUAGAGAAAGAAUAAAGAGAUGU